UUUCAAGUCCUGGAUACAUUUUUCCAUGCAUUGAUUUACCUGCAGAUGAGUAUAGAACUAUCAAGAAUUACGGAGAAAUUAGAUUUUGGAUUUCAACUCUUUGAACAGCUCACCAUCUUCUGGACUUGCAAAAAUAUUUACUUGGUCUUCGUAUUUAGUUCGCACUGUGAGACGUUCUAUAUGACUGUUUCUGAUGUAAACGAUGUUUGUAGCAGGAUUUUGGGACAAAUACAAUGUACUGAUGAAGGCAGAAAGCUGUGUAAAAACGUCAACAGGUACAAUAGAUCGGAGUUCAGCGUGAUGACAGCUUGUCGCGUCUUCAACAUCGUCGGGAGAAUGCCGCAUCAGUUCCUCUCCUUAGUCGUGAACUACACAGUUGUAUUACUGCAGUUUGCAUUUAUGCAUGAAUCGUAAUGGACAUUAGAAGUAGUGGUUAUUUGGUUAGA